AUGUCAACAGAGGCUCCUUUGAGACUCUACAUUUCACCGCUCACUCGCCCGUACACUAUUCCCUACCGUAGGGCACAAACAUUCGAUGACUUCCGCACGACAGCAAACAGAAUUCUCGUCUCGUGCAUUGAAACCGGCGAACUUCAAGCCGGCUGCUCCGAGAGCGUUCCGCAGCCAAACCACUGGAAUGUGGUAGACGAAACCGGUGCAAUCGUUAGCUCUGUUCUCUGGCAAGAUCUGGUGGUCCCCGGUGGGACCUACUGUCUUCUCCCUAGGCAGGAAAUUGCCGCUGUUUCGAGCCCAAUGCGGACCAGUGAGAGUCAUAGCUCCGCCACAGAAUCCGCUGCAACUACACGGAGCAGGAGCGCCACCGCGAUAUCAUCGGCCUCAAUUUCGCCGGUCUCCUCUUCGUCCGGGUCGGUAUCAUCCGCUGCGUCCGGAAACGAGAUUCGAAACGUAUCGUAUCGCGACGCGCUUUCGACAUCGGUCAUUGGCACUGGGAGACCGACCUCGGGAUCUAGUUACAGCUUUUUCGGGGGCGACGAUGAGAGCGGCGUGCGCUUGGGAUCUGAGAGUCCUUCUUCCUCUUGUUCUCGUCCCAUAGAAAAGCGAGACGACAACCACACGCAUACACCCCAGAACACGCACGUCAUGCGCUCCGCCAGAUCCUUCAUUACCGGCGGAAGUCCCUGGUCGGCCGUCGUUGCAAGCGGUCUUUCUCCCCAGCAAUCCAAUCACCAAACCCAACAACACAAUCUCAACGCCCACCCUGUCACCGCCAACAAUAAUAGCAACAACAACACCAACAAUAACCCCGGAUCAACAGCUGUGAGUGACUGGACAUUAGUUCAAGCGCGCAAGCCCGUCGCCCAACCAACCAUCAAACCCCUCGUCCAAAUCAAGGUGUGGAAGAAUGAAACUGUUCCCUCGAGCGCCAGGAGCUACACCGUUCCCCCGACAAUCAGCGUCGGGGCAUUCAUCGAGCGGAUCGGCGGUCGCGAGGGCUGUCGCGUGCAAGAAAUGAAGAGAGUCAGGGAGGGAUUCUUGCCCGGGUUGACAUACAUGUGGGGAACACAAAAGUCCAUCGAGGACGUUGGCUGGGCGGACAGGAAGAGGGGGACUGUAGGGGUAUAUUUGCAUAUGCCGCCGAGGUUUGACUAA